GUUUACCUAGUAAAAUAUUCAGGUCCUAUAAGAAGUUGCCUUCUCUCCCAUUCUCUACUUCUCUCAAGACAUACAUCCCUUCAACUGAUAUAGACAAUAAAUAAAGAAAAAUGGAAGAUCACUGCAGUCUUCUUAACUGGUCAUGCUUCUACCAGGAUGAGGGGAUUGAAGACAUAAGGCAUCAUCUCCUGUAUACUACAGAACUUGAAACAGCAAUUGUAUCGGCAAAGGAGGAGAUAGCAAGAAGAGAAAUUGAGAUAUUCCACCUCAAAAAUCUUUUGAGCAGGACAGUUAAGGAAAGAAAUGACGCCCAGAUACAAUGCCGGAAACUAGUUUUGGACAAAUUAUCCUUCGAGCAACAACUGCUGCAAAAUCAGCAGCAGCAGCAGGAAAUGCAGCAAUUGAAGCAAGAAUCUGCUUCACUCGCUAUAACUUACAGCAGUGAAGAUGAAUCCAAGGCUACUGAUUCCAACAAUCACAUCAGCUCUCCUGAUUCUAGCAAAGUCAUUGUUCCCUCGCAGUUUAGUGACCCAAUUCCUCAGCAACCAUCGCAAUCAUCACUUCCAGAUGUGAUACUUAAGUUAGCAGCAGACAAAGCACUUCCAGAGAAAGGGAAACUCUUGCAGGCAGUGAAGGAAGCCGGUCCGCUCCUCCAGACCCUUCUCCUGGCUGGACCACUCCCUCAAUGGCAGCACCCACCUCCCCAAUUAGACUCCAUCGAGAUCCCACCAGUAACCAUUUGUUCCCCAACAUCUCGGCUAAUACACGAAGACUCUUUCAACAGUUUCACUUCUUGUUUGAGCAAGAAGAGGGAUCGAGACUUCGGCGAACGUCCUGAUUCUUCUUCACCUGCCACCAAGUAUCAGAAAGUUGUCCUCCAUUAACCAAAACCUUAGUUCUUACACAUAGUUCUCUAGUACUGUGGUGCAUCCAUCCUUUUCAUUACUGUUAAUCAUGACAAGGAAAGCAACUGGAAACGGAUGGCCUAGCUAUUAUGCAUCAGUUUGGAAUUUGUAAACUACUUUUGUCUUAGAUAUUAAUGAUUCUAACUUCUAUGGAAAGUCAGAUGGAGACUAGAGUACUACUGUAUAAUGUGAAAAUGGGUACUGAAUUCUCCAUGUUAGCUGGAAAAUUUUGUAUCAAUAUAUUGCUUUUCUUUCACACAAA